AUGACCAACAGCAACGACAGCAGGAGCGGCGCGCCCUCGGAGGAGGCGAUUGUGCAGCGCUAUCAACAACUCCGGCAGGAGUGCCUUUCCCUCGUCUCACGGAUUUCAGAGCUAGAGAACGAGCUGCACGAGCACAAGCUUGUGGUGGAGGCCCUACGGCCGCUAAACGGGGACCGCCGCUGUCACCGCCUCAUCGGCGGCGCCCUCAUCGAGCGCACCGUAGCCGAGGUUUUACCCGAACUCGACGGCAACGUCAACGGCAUCCAGGAGGCGGUGGAGCAGCUCAACAAGAUCCUUGCAGAGAAGCAGGCCGCGAUGGAGGACUACGCCAGAAAGCACGGCGUGACGGUGGCGCAGCAGCAUGGGCAGAACCCCGGCGGCGACCAGAGCGGGGAGGCCGCAAAGAAGCCAGAGGACGCAGCGCAACGCGGCGUGCUGGUGUGA